AAUCAUGCACCUGCACCAUACGAAACACCACCAGGCGUACAUUGAUAACCUGAACGCGGCACUGUCGUUGCAAGAGAAGGCGCUGCGCAGCAACGACAUCGCCAGUCUGAUCUCGCUGCAGCAGCAGAUCAAAUUCCAUGGCGGCGGACACAUCAACCACUCGCUCUUCUGGAAGAAUCUGGCACCCGUCGACACGCCCGAGACGGAUCCCUCUUCUGCUGCGAAGAAUCUCUACACAGCCAUCCUCACGCACUGGGGCUCCUUCAAGUCCUUUGUGGCGGCGUUCUCGGCCACCUUGCUCUCCAUCCAGGGGAGUGGUUGGGGAUGGCUGGUGGUCAAGGAUGGAGGGUUAGGGAUCGUCACCACCCAGGAUCAGGAUGCUGUUCUCUCUGGAACUGCUUUGAUCGGGGUUGAUAUGUGGGAACAUGCGUAUUACCUGCAGUAUCAGAAUAAUAAACGGGGAUACGUGGAUGGUAUCUGGAGGGUGAUCAAUUGGAAGGUUGCAGAGGAGCGAUAUCUUUCUUCGAAGCUAUAGAUUAUAUAUUCAUUUAUCAAGUACUUAUAUAUCAGUCAUCCAAUCAUCGUAUCAGUUAUAUCCAAUUAUCCCCCUGCCAACCUCCUUUUCGUCCAUGAAUAGAGUGAUCUGGCGGCCGACGAUGCCUCGCUCCGACACACCCAGCUCUAGUUCAGGCAGAUCAAACUGUCUCUUGCGUGGAUCAAGAGUGAAGCAAUAUAAUGGGCUUCCUUCUGCUGUCUGGGAAAUAUCUCCGUGUGUUUCUAUCCGCAUAUGAAGUGCUGUGCAACUUGCUAGAGACGCCUCCUCGCCCAACCUCAUGAUUGUCGUCUUUUCAUCUCGGUUGAAGAAUAGAGGAUACGGACUCGUCUCUGCCAGGGGGAAGAUGACGGCGAUACAGCCACCGUGACUUGGUC